AUGGCAUCGAGCAAGCCCUCAUACCUCGUCGUUGGCGCCGGCGUCUUCGGAAUUUCGACUGCUUACCACCUUAUCAAGAAGUACCCGGACCGACAAGUCACAGUCGUCGACCAAGAUGCUUGGGACGCUGAUAACCGCGUAGCAGCUUCGUGGGACUGGAACAAGGUUGUACGCGCCGACUACGACGAUGUCAUCUACUGCAGACUUGCACUGGAGGCGCAAGAUAUCUUCAAGGAGGACCCAUUAUGGCAACCAUACUUCCACGAGACUGGUAUUUUCUGGGUCUGCCGCUCAGAUUACGCACAAGACGUCAUCGACAACUACAAGAAGCUUGGACGCGAGGCGGACUUGAAAUCAGUUACCGUUGAAGAGGCGAAGAAGUUGUUCGGCGGACUUUUCGAGGAUGCGAACUACGACGGCGCGAAGAGCGUACUUGUUAACAAGACGAGUGGUUGGGCACAGGCUGGCGAUGCGCUACGAGCAGUUACCAAGUGGUCGAUCGCAAAGGGCGUCAAGUACGUCACAGAGAAAGUUGAAAGCCUAGAGUUCGACAACGCGGGAACGUGUAUUGGUGUCAACACCGAGCAAGGCAACACCAUCAAAGCCUCACAUACAAUCCUUUCAACCGGCGCUUACACCGCGAAGCUCCUCGAGCAGGCUGCUAAGAAAAGCGGGAAUCCAGACCUCCGUUCUGGAUCAAGAAUUGUUGCUGGUGGUAUCACGACCGGUAUGACGACUCUCGACGAGAAGUCAUACGAAAGGUUCAAGGAUAUGCCCGUUGGUGUCCAGGGCUACACUGCCGCAUACGGACCCUUCAUUGGCAGCUUACCGCCUACAAAGGAUCGCGAGCUCAAGUGGUGGGGAGAGAAGAUCUUCAAGAACACACAUGAAGUACUCCCCGGUCGCUUCGUUUCUGCGCCGCCAUCUGGAAAGGACUACAACCAAUGGGAUGUUCCUGGCCCAUUGAAGCUGGACAUUUCUCACGCCAAUGAUGUGUUCUACGGCAAGAAGGGUGCGAACUGGAAGAUGGAUAAGCACCGCAUCUGCUGGGACGCAUUCACAACUUCAUCUGACUUCAUCAUCUCGCCCCAUGCCGGCGCCAAGGGUCUCUUCGUAGCAACAUGUGGUUCUUUCCACGGCUACAAGUUCUUCCCCGUGCUCGGCAAGUAUGUCGUACAGAUGCUCGAAGAUGAGCUAGAACCAGAACUCAAGGAGAAGUGGGCUUGGGAUCGUGAGAGGCCAGCGCCUAGCCUCAACCCUGACUGGCCUAGGUUUGAGAUGGCGGACCUGCUGGAUCAGUGGGAACCAAAGGCCAAGUUGUAA